UUCCCCUCUCGCUCUCACACAAACCAAGCCACCCAGCAGCAUGGCACCCCAUUGUAUCAGGCCUGACUGUCUAAACCUGAGGAUUCCCCUUCGGCUGCUGCCUUUGUUUAUGAUUUUGACAUGGCACUGCCCUGUCACAGAAAGUGCUACUCCGACUCAUCUCUGGGGGGAGGUUGGCAGCAAUGUGACCUUUCGAUGUCUUGGUCACAAGCAAAAACAACUGAUAUCCUGGUAUUUGCAGAGGGACAAUACUUUUAUUAACGGGUACCAUGAAUCUAAAAACCUAACUAGGCCUUGGGAGAACACCAGACUGGAUGACGACAACACCGCGAUACACAUGGACAGUUUAAACGUCUCCCAUGCUGGUGUCUAUCAGUGCUUUAUCCGACACAAGGACAAUAAGAUUGAUGAACAUCUCAUACAGCUCAGCAUCACAGCCAGCUACAGUGUGCCUGCUUGGACAGUGGACUGUAGUGAUGAAAACCAUUGUCAAGCCACAUGUGCCUCACAUGGUGGCUACCCGCGCACCCAGGUGAUGUGGAACGUUCCGGAGAGUCGUAUGUCAAAGGACGUGAACAGCAGUGAAAUGAUCGAUCCAGAGACCAUGUUGGUCAGCAUCUCCAGCACCGCGUACUUUAACUGCUCAGCCGGAGAGACAUCUCUCAGAUGCUCUGUAGGCAAUGUCACCUCAGAGAUGUUCUCUGUCUGUCAGCACAAGGAUCCACCUAAAUCUAACAAUCAUUACGUGAUAGCAGCAGCCAUCAUUGUACUGGCAGUUGUUGGUAUUAUUGUGCUGGUGCUGUUGAUGAAACGGUGGAGAGGACGGAGAGGAGCAGUAAGGGUAGACAUCGAGGAGAUGAACAGCCUCAACAAAUGAAACGAAGAAGGGAAAGAAGCAUCUUGGGUGCUGAACUGGUGAACAAGAAUGUCCAAUUUUUUAUGGACCAUAUGACUAAAGCUGUCUGUCACUCAAGGGCGGGCUGCGUACAGGCCAGGAACGGUCAGAGUCCAUGAUGACUCACCAGGCCCAUAUGCUGACAACAUUUCACUGACACUUGCGACAUUUCCAUGUUUGAGGAAGCACUGCUUAUUGGUGUCAUCUAUCGGCUGACACAAUGCGUCACAAAGGAGAAUAGCUUCUUAAGAAAAAAAAGGACUCGGUUUGUGGUGAGAUUGUUGUUAACUGGAAAACUGUCUCAGGAAGAAACACUUCCCAGCACUGUAAGAAAAAACUGUAUUUAAAGUUUGUGGAAAUCUCCAUGUUGUUGUUACACUGACCUCUAUUGGCAGAUGUUAAAUCUGUUACACUUGCUACAAGGUUUAAAUACAGUACAUUAUUGUUGUUGCACUUUAAAAUUGCAUUUGUUUCCUUAAGUAUAUUCCGCAACAUGUUGUUGCCUUUAAGUUUGCCUGUUAAGCUUUUGUUUUAUUUGUUAUAUAAUGCACAUGAUAGAGCAGUAGUCAACAAUAAUGACAUAAUAAUAUCCACAUAUUUUUGUUGUGAAGUAAUCAAAAAGCACUGUGGUUCCCUAAUAUUCUCAGAAGUUUAACUUGUUUUAGUUCACUUUGGUUGUAUUCUACGGUGGCCCUGAGAGCUCACAGCGCUGCAAUUUAAGAAAACACAUGCAAAUACACAAAACACAAGCAAACUGAGAAAACAUUUUCAUCAAUUUGACAACACAAGCGCUGCAAAGACCACAAUACAAUAAAAAAAAUGCAAUACAAAGAACACAACACAACAGAAGUGUUUCCAGAGGACACUUUAAAGUGAUGCACGCUUGUGAUAUUAUCACGUUAUUUCAAGAUUACGAUAAUUUCACGCUAUAACGUUAUAACAAUCAUAGCUUACUAAUAUUAACGGCCGAUCGAUCGCAUGCUAACGUUAGUUGGCAAGCAUGACCAAGACCAACUCAGUGCCGUUGAGGGAGACCAACUAAAACGUGUAUCAUUUAUUUGAUUUGUUUAACUGCAAUGUGAUUGAUAGAGGCUAGCGGGCUAACGCUAUAUAUCACGUUAUAACAUGAAAAUAUCAUUAUCAUUAAAUAACGUGUUCUGUGUCAUUAUCUUGAAAUAACAUGAUAAUAUCACCAGAGUGUCCAGACGUGUGCAUCAGUUUUAAGUGUCCUCUGGAAACACUUCUGUUGUGUUGUGGUCUUUGCAGCGUGUUUUCUAAAUGCUGCGCUCAUGUCAAAUUGACUUAAUCUGCUUGUGUUUUGUGUAUUUGCAUGUGUUUUCUUAAGUUACAGCGCAAUGAGCUCUCAGGGCCAUUAGUUUGGCUGAUCAGAGAAAAUGAGUAGCAGAAGCUGUGAAAAAAAAACGUGUGAAAGCAGAAAUUAUUCUCUGCGGUCGAGUAAAAAAGUAUUUUCCAAUAAAUUCCAGUAUUUUAGGAUUCCCCUAUAAUGUGCAAUAUUGAAUACAAAGGGAAGGUUUUUUUCCCCCAUUAAUCAAACUGCCGUUACCCUUGUGAUUAAUAUUAAUAUCUCAACUUUUUUUUCUCAGGUGACUGUUUUCAUAUGAGAUUGCUAUAUAUUUUGCUACAUAUUUAUUUUAUUUUAUCUUUUUUUGUUAAGAUAUCAUCUACCUUGUUUACAUUGUUUUGGGUAAUUUUGGUUUUUAUUCCCUUCUUCCUCUCAGAAUUGCCAAACAAUCUCAAAGGGCUGCUUUCCUUUUCUGAAUCUGUAUCAGAUAGCUUUUGUAGCUUUUUCUUGUUAAAGUAGUAUUAAUAUAACAGUUUGGUUCUGUGUCUUAUUUUCAAACUUUGGUGCUGAAAUAUCAAUUAAUUUGUGUAAUUUAUUUUGUUGUGGGAAUAAUAACUCUCUCUUUUAUUUUACUUGACUAUAUGGCCAGGAUAUAUUAUUUAAACUGCUGCUGUGGAUUGCAUUCACACUGUUUUAAGACUAGACUGUGGUUUUGACUUAGAUAAACAGGUCGAAAUCAAGCUUUACUCCAGCUCAUGUAUUUUCCGCCGCAAUGCAGUUUGUUGCCACUAGAUGUCGUACUUGUACCAUAGAGUCAGUCUCCUGCUGUCAUGGCUGAUUAGUGUGACUGGUGUUGUGUAUACUACAACAUCUGAGCAUUAUUUUUGAAGUACCCUAUCCAUGAGCCUAAUCACAUUUGUGAGCUAGUCUACAAAAGCAACUUUGUUUCCGCUGGCUUGGGGAAUUAAAUAAUGUUUAUGUAUUCGGCACAAGCAAUUUGAGCAUGAUAGUUUGAAACAGGCAUGCAUGAUGUCUCUCUGACCUCAGUAUGUGGUACCCGCCAAGGAAGCAUGAGUAGC